AUGUUUAGUUUCCAUAAACCCAAAGUUUACAGAUCAUCUACUGGCUGCUGCAUUUGUAAAGCAAAAUCAAGCAGCUCACGUUUUACUGAUAGUAAGAAGUAUGAAGAUGAUUUCGUAAAUUGCUUCCAAUUACCUGAAAAACGUUGUGGUGAGGUUUGUAAUGCUUGUGUACUUCUAGUUAAGCGAUGGAAAAAACUUCCUGAAGGAAAUGGGAGAAACUGGCGCCAUGUAGUUGAUGCAAGAGCUGGUCCUGGAACAAAAUCCAUGACAAAAUUUAAGUCCAGGAAUCAUAAUAGACCUGUGACCAAAAGGAAAUCUACUGAUACUGAAGAACUAGACAUUGAUCAGCCGAUACGUAAGAAGAAACCAAGAAAGCUAAGAGAAUCCAGCAUUUGCGAAGAAGGACAAGGUGCUGAUGAGGAAGAUACUAGCCCAGAAACAAGCAGAAGCCCAACCCCUAGUGAAGAAGAUAUGCCUCAAAAAAGGUUAUCUCUUGUUUCCAGUUUUAUUGAUCUCACAAUUUGGAAAAGGCAGAAGAUAUGCUGUGGUACUGUUUAUGCUGGUCCUUGUGGCGCAGUACUGGUAGAUGUUAGGUUGAUGAAACCUACUUGUCCUAGACGGACACCUUGUGCCCCUCUUUCACCACCAUCUACUGCUUCCUCAUCUAAGUCCAAAGCAUUUUCUGAUAACUCGUCUGAUUCUGGGUAUGAUGAAUCAUCAAACCACAGUUUACCCCAACCUGUUACGAACAACUGA